AUGAAGGUUGCAGCAGCAUUAAGGUUGAAAAACGACUACAAUUUACAAUUGAUUGCUUUAAAGCAUCGAAUAAUGUCAAAUCUUGUAGUUGAAGAAGGUCAAGAGCCUGAUGAAAGUCCUAAGAAGUUGAUUGCACUUUAUCAUCAAGUUUCACAGAAUUACCAAGCUUUAGUUACCAAGAUAAAUUUGCAUAAUUCUUCAACAACGGUUGAAUAUCCGUCCUAUCAUGACAAUUAUAAGUCUGGCCAUUUGAUUGGUGAUUUAUUCUCUAAUGAUCUCCCACCAGAUUUGGUUUCCAAAGAGAAGUACAUAGUACAAGCCUUAGUAGAACGUGAGUCAUUAAAGGCAGAGAUCCAAACAUUCAGAUCAAUUUUAGAUCGCUCUAAAGUAUCCAGAAGUUCCACGCGUGAUAUAUUAAAGGUAGCUGUGUUGGAUGUACAACAGCUUCAGAAAAAGAUAGAUACCAUGGCUAAAUUCUUAAGAAUAAUGGACGCCAAGAUUCAAGAACACAACUGGUUACAAGAUUUAAAAGAGAUAUAA